UCAGACCUUGGCGAUUCCAGAGUGUCUGAGGCCCAGAGCCAGCCCCACCAGCACGGCCAGACGAAGGGAAAGGGGGGAGGUGGCAGGGUGGGCACCAGGAAGCAUUCCGAGGGGCUGGCAGGGAUGCCGUGUUCUAGCUUUGUUCUUUCAGCUCCUCUUCUGGACCCCACAGACUUCCUCCUGGGGCAUCCGUGAGCCCUGGUCAAAGGCUGCCCCCACCCUUGAGGCCAUUCCUCAGAGGGGAAUGGACCAGCACUAAUGAGAAGUGACUUCGGGGCCGUGGGACCCCCACGUGUGCAAGGGAGUCUGGGAAAGAGCUGGAAGGUCUGGGCUCCCGCCACACCCAGCCUCCAUCGUCAGUGUGACCCUGCAGGGCCACCUCUCUCCAAGCCUCGGUGUCUCGCUCUACGCAGGCCUCCCCGCCCCGCCCGGAGGAAUCCGCGGCCCGCCCGACGGUCCCAGGUGAGGGCCCUCUGGAAAGGGCCCAGCGCGGCGGCGGGUUCCGGCGGGGGCGGGCAUCUAGGGUGGGAACCGUCCCCCACCCCCAGCCUCGGCCCGCCUGCACACCCUCGCUCCUCCAGGCGGCAGCGACGACGCUUUAAACAGAAAAAAAAACUGUGUGCCUGGCCCAGGGCCAGAGUCCCAGCCCCCCUCGCCGCCGCCGCGCCGCGCUGCGCUCCAGCCAGGGAAAACAACUGCUCACUUCUCCCUGCGCCCUCCCCGCGCGCUCCCUGCCUCCCGGCGGCCGCGGGAAAGGAGCCCGGCCAGGGGGAGGCGCGGAGCGGGCCGGCCGCCCGGCCUUCCUCUCCCUCGCUCCUCCUCUCCGCCUCAACUUGCUCCGGCCUCCUAGCUCUUGCCUGAGUUCGGGGCCUGGACUGGGCUUCGUCCCGGGGCCGGGAAGUUUCUGCGCUCCCCGCGAUCCAGUCUCCAUCUCCGCGCCUCCCGCCGGGCCCCGCGGUCCCCUCCCGCCUGCUUCCUCCGCUGCCCUCCCUCGCUACCCCCCACCCUCUCCCGGCCCUCUACUCACCUCGGGAGCGGGCCCCUCGCCCCGUCCGGGCGCGUCCCCCCCGGGGUCCGGUCCUGCGGCCCCGGAUGCCCGGGCCCCGAGGGGCUGCUGGCGGCCUGGCCCCUGAGAUGCGCGGGGCGGGGGCGGCGGGGCUGCUGGCGCUGCUGCUGCUGCCGCUGCUGGGCCUGGGCGGCGGGGCCGAGGGGGGGCCGGCCGGCGAGCGGGGCGCAGGCGGGGGCGGGGCGCUGGCCCGCGAGCGCUUCAAGGUGGUCUUUGCGCCGGUGAUCUGCAAGCGGACCUGUCUCAAGGGCCAGUGUCGGGACAGUUGUCAGCAGGGCUCCAACAUGACGCUCAUCGGAGAGAACGGCCACAGCACAGACACGCUCACGGGCUCCGGCUUCCGCGUGGUGGUCUGCCCUCUGCCCUGCAUGAACGGCGGCCAGUGCUCCUCGCGAAACCAGUGUCUGUGUCCCCCGGACUUCACCGGGCGCUUCUGCCAGGUGCCCGCUGGAGGAGCCGGCGGGAGUACCGGCGGCUCAGGCCCUGGCCUGGGCCGGGCGGGAGCCCUGUCCACAGGGGCGCUGCCGCCCCUGGCUCCGGAGGGCGAGUCUGUGGCUAGCAAGCACGCCAUCUACGCCGUGCAGGUGAUCGCCGACCCUCCUGGGCCGGGGGAGGGGCCCCCUGCCCAGCACGCAGCCUUCCUGGUGCCCCUAGGCCCGGGACAGAUCUCAGCAGAAGCCCUGAGGCCACCGCGCCCGCCUCCAGUGCAGGCCCCGCCCCCCGUGGUGAACGUGCGCGUCCAUCACCCGCCCGAGGCCUCCGUCCAGGUGCACCGCAUCGAGGGCCGGAACGCCGAGGGCGCGGCCCCCUCCCAGCACCUGCUGCCGCACCCCAAGCCCUCGCAUCCCCGGCCGCCCACCCAGAAGCCCCUGGGACGCUGCUUCCAGGACACUCUCCCCAAGCAGCCCUGUGGCAGCAACCCCCUCCCUGGCCUCACCAAGCAGGAAGACUGCUGCGGGAGCAUCGGCACUGCCUGGGGCCAGAGCAAGUGCCACAAGUGCCCCCAGCUGCAGUACACAGGAGUGCAGAAGCCAGGGCCUUUACGUGGGGAGGUGGGCUCUGACUGCCCCCAGGGCUACAAGAGGCUCAACAGCACCCACUGCCAGGACAUCAACGAGUGUGCAAUGCCCGGCAUGUGUCGCCAUGGUGACUGCCUCAACAACCCCGGCUCCUAUCGCUGUGUCUGCCCACCUGGACAUAGUUUAGGUCCCUCCCGCAUGCAGUGCAUUGCAGACAAACCAGAGGAGAAGAGCCUGUGUUUCCGCCUGGUGAGCCCUGAGCACCAGUGCCAGCACCCACUGACCACCCGCCUCACCCGCCAGCUCUGCUGCUGCAGUGUCGGCAAGGCCUGGGGUGCACGAUGUCAGCGCUGCCCAGCAGAUGGCACCGCUGCGUUCAAGGAGAUCUGCCCAGCAGGGAAGGGAUACCACAUCCUCACCUCCCACCAGACACUCACCAUUCAGGGCGAAAGUGACUUUUCCCUUUUCCUGCACCCUGACGGGCCACCCAAGCCCCAGCAGCUUCCGGAGAGCCCCAGCCAGGCUCCACCACCUGAGAACACAGAGGAGGAGAGAGGGGUGACCACAGACUCACCGGUGAGUGAGGAGCGGUCAGUGCAGCAGAGCCACACAACUGCCACCACGUCUCCUGCCCGGCCCUACCCGGAGCUGAUCUCCCGCCCCUCACCCCCGACCGUGCGCUGGUUUCUGCCCGACUUGCCUCCUUCCCGCAGCGCGGUGGAGAUCGCUCCCACUCAGGUCACAGAGACUGAUGAGUGCCGACUGAACCAGAACAUCUGUGGCCAUGGAGAGUGUGUCCCAGGCCCCCCAGACUACUCCUGCCACUGCAAUCCUGGCUACCGGUCACAUCCACAGCACCGCUACUGCGUGGAUGUGAACGAGUGCGAGGCAGAGCCCUGUGGCCCCGGGAGGGGCAUCUGCAUGAACACGGGCGGCUCCUACAAUUGCCACUGCAACCGCGGCUACCGCCUGCACGUGGGCGCCGGGGGGCGCUCCUGUGUGGACCUGAAUGAGUGUGCUAAGCCCCACCUAUGCGGCGACGGCGGAUUCUGCAUCAAUUUUCCGGGUCACUACAAGUGCAACUGCUACCCUGGCUACAGGCUCAAAGCCUCCCGGCCUCCUGUGUGCGAAGACAUCGACGAGUGCCGGGACCCGAGCUCCUGCCCGGAUGGCAAAUGCGAGAACAAGCCCGGGAGCUUCAAGUGCAUCCCCUGUCAGCCUGGCUACCGCAGCCAGGGGGGCGGGGCCUGUCGUGACGUGAACGAAUGCGCUGAGGGCAGCCCCUGUUCGCCUGGCUGGUGUGAGAAUCUGCCGGGCUCCUUCCGUUGCACCUGUGCCCAGGGCUACACGCCCGCACCCGACGGCCACAGUUGCGUGGAUGUGGACGAGUGUGAGGCUGGGGACGUGUGUGACAAUGGCAUCUGCACAAAUACGCCAGGAUCUUUCCAGUGUCAGUGCCUCUCUGGCUACCAUCUGUCCAGGGACCGGAGCCACUGCGAGGAUAUUGAUGAGUGUGACUUCCCUGCGGCCUGCAUUGGGGGUGACUGCAUCAAUACCAAUGGCUCCUACAGAUGUCUUUGCCCCCAGGGGCAUCGGCUGGUGGGUGGCAGGAAGUGCCAAGACAUAGAUGAGUGCAGCCAGGACCCGGGCCUGUGCCUUCCCCAUGGGGCAUGCAAGAACCUGCAGGGCUCCUAUGUGUGUGUCUGUGAUGACGGCUUCACUCCCACCCAGGACCAGCACGGUUGUGAGGAGGUGGAGCAGCCCCACCACAAGAAGGAGUGCUACCUGAACUUCGAUGACACGGUGUUCUGCGACAGCGUAUUGGCCACCAAUGUCACCCAACAGGAGUGCUGCUGCUCGCUGGGCGCCGGCUGGGGCGACCACUGUGAAAUCUACCCCUGCCCGGUCUACAGCUCAGCCGAAUUCCACAGCCUUUGCCCAGACGGAAAGGGCUACACCCAGGACAACAACAUCGUCAACUACGGCAUCCCAGCCCACCGUGACAUCGAUGAGUGCAUGUUGUUCGGGGCCGAGAUCUGCAAGGAGGGCAAGUGCGUGAACACGCAGCCUGGCUACGAGUGCUACUGCAAGCAGGGCUUCUACUACGACGGGAACCUGCUGGAAUGCGUGGACGUGGACGAGUGCCUGGACGAGUCCAACUGCCGGAAUGGAGUGUGUGAGAACACGCGCGGCGGCUACCGCUGCGCCUGCACACCCCCAGCUGAGUACAGCCCCGCGCAGCGCCAGUGCCUGAACCCGGAGGAGAUGGACGUCGACGAGUGCCAGGACCCGGCAGCCUGCCGCCCUGGCCGCUGCGUCAACCUGCCGGGCUCCUACCGCUGCGAGUGUCGCCUGCCCUGGGUGCCUGGCCCCUCCGGCCGCGACUGCCAGCUCCCCGAGAGCCCGGCCGAGCGCGCCCCAGAGCGGCGCGAUGUGUGUUGGAGCCAGCGCGGAGAGGACGGCAUGUGCGCUGGCCCCCUGGCCGGGCCUGCCCUUACCUUCGACGACUGCUGCUGCCGGCAGGGCCGCGGCUGGGGUGCUCAGUGCCGCCAGUGCCCGCCGCGUGGCACCGGAUCCCAGUGCCCGACAUCGCAGAGCGAGAGCAAUUCCUUCUGGGACACGAGCCCCCUGCUGCUGGGGAAGUCCCCGAGAGAUGAAGACAGUUCAGAGGAGGAUUCGGACGAGUGUCGCUGUGUGAGCGGCCGCUGCAUGCCGCGGCCAGGUGGCGCAGUGUGCGAGUGUCCUGGCGGCUUCCAGCUCGACGCCUCCCGUGCCCGCUGCGUGGACAUUGACGAGUGCCGAGAGCUGAACCAGCGCGGGCUGCUGUGCAAGAGCGAGCGCUGCGUGAACACUAGCGGCUCCUUCCGCUGCGUUUGCAAAGCCGGCUUCGCGCGCAGCCGCCCGCACGGGGCCUGCGUUCCCCAGCGCCGCCGCUGACGCCGCCCUCAGCCAGACUUCUGUGAUCACUGGCGAGUCUCCACGAGCUCGGCCUCUCACUCCUGCCCCGAGGCCAGGGACUUUCGGGGUCCCCAGACCCCACCCUGCGACUUGGGACCCGAGUCGCCCCUACUGGCCUGCCCGGUUGGCAGGCGGUUGUAAGGUCUCGGGCGGGCACUGCCCGCCUUCCUCCCAGAGGGCGUCUCCUAGAAACUGAUAGAUCGUGCCUCUUUACUCUUAGCUUUCGAAGCAAAUUGGUGUUCACGUCUGACGUGGGCGCGGACUGCGCAGGGCAGUGCCAGACCCCAGCCGCCUCCCGGGGCUAGACUGAGCUGGGCACAGGGGGUGUGAAAUAGAAUUUAAUGUGGCUCUGAUUAUGUACAGGUGAGGGCCUGGCCAGGCCGGCCGGGCUCACAUGGUUUGUACAAUAAAUACAUCCUUGGAGUGGGAUCUCCGCAGCUGGGAAGCGCCACUGCCACAGUUCAGUCCA